UGCUUUCUUUACUCUACUUCACAAACUCAGCGUGCUAAAAGAAUCUCGUUCUCGCGGUCUCAAGGAACCCUAGAUCGGAUCAUGUCUGGAGCGUACGGUCAAGACGGCGGCGGUUCCGCGCCACCGUCUUAUGGAGCCAGCGGCGGAUACGGUUCCACCGGCGGUGGUGCCGGUGGAGGUGGUAGUUAUGGUGGCGGAGGCUAUGGAGGUGGAGGAGGAGGUGGUGGCGGAUAUGGUGGUAGUGAUGGCGGGGGAGGUGGAGGUUACGGAGCCAAAGGCAGCGGAAACGGCGGCGGAUAUGGUGGUAACGAUGGUGGAGGUUAUGGCGGAAGAGGCGGCUACAGUGGAAACGAUGGCGGAGGCUAUGGAGGAAGAGGCGGCGGGGGAGGUGGUGGUCAAGGUGGCCGGGGAGGUGGAGGUUAUGGUGGUCGAGGAGGUGGUGGUGGAUUUCAAGGCGGAGAUCGCGGUGGUCGAGGUGGCGGUCGCGGCGGCGGCCGUGGCGGCGGUAGAGAUGGAGACUGGCGUUGUCCUAACCAAAGUUGUGGGAAUUUGAACUUUGCAAAAAGGGUUGAAUGCAACAAAUGCGGUGCUCCAAGUCCUAAUCCCAAUAGUUCUAAUGACCGUGGUGGUGGUUAUAAUAGAGGAGGAGGAGGAGGUGGGGGCUAUGGUAACAAUCGAGGAGGAAGAGGUAAUGACUAUAACAGUGGAGGGGGUAGAUCUGGGAGUUAUGAUGGAGGGAGAGGCAAUGACUAUAACAGUGGAAGGGGUGGUAGUAGUGAUGGUAGAGGUGGUUCAUAUAGAGGUAAUCAAGGUAGAGAAGAUGGUGGUUAUGGUCAAGUUCCUGCUCCUACUGCCCAAUCUUAUGGUGGUGGUGCUGGUGGAAACUACCCACCCACUUACAGUUCUUAUGGUGGUGGGAAUGCAAGUUAUGGAACAGAAGCAGUUCCUCCACCUGCAAGUUAUACUGGUGGACCCAAUUCCUAUCCUCCAUCAUAUGGGGGUAAUGUGGGUGGUUAUGGGGGAGAUAAUCAAGGGGAUGGACGGAGUGGCGGUAGAUCCGGGCCUCCUACUGGAUAUGACAGCACUUAUGGUGCUGGUAAUCGAGGUGGAUUUGGUGGAUCUUCUGCUGAGCCCCCUGCUGCAGUGAGACAGUGUGAUGAGAAUUGUGAUGAUACAUGUGACAACUCUAGAAUCUACAUCUCAAACCUACCACCAGAUGUGACUAUUGAAGAAUUGAGGGAACUUUUUGGAGGCAUUGGACAAGUUGGAAGAAUAAAGCAGAAGAGGGGCUAUAAAGAUCAGUGGCCUUGGAACAUAAAGAUUUACACUGAUGAUAAUGGAAACAAUAAGGGUGAUGCUUGCCUUGCUUAUGAAGACCCUUCUGCAGCACAUUCUGCUGGCGGUUUUUACAAUAAUUAUGAUUUGAGGGGUUACAAAAUCAGUGUUGCAAUGGCAGAAAAAUCUGCACCAAGAGCUCCACCUGCAUAUAACCAAGGGGGCAAUAGGGGUGGCUAUGGUGGAGAUAGACGCAGAGACAAUUAUAGAGAUGGAGGUGGUGGUUCUGGGCCUGAUAGGCGUGAUCAUUAUGGAAAUCGUUCUCGUCCAUACUGAGAGCUUGGACAUUGAACGUUUUAUGUACUAUGAAUUGUGGGCUGAGGGUUUAAUUAUUUCAGUUGGCUGGUUUCUUAAACUGGAAGCAAAGAGGUAGGUUGUUCACUCACUUUGAGCAAUACCUCUUCCGCGCUCCUUUUUGUUUCUAGCUGGUGGGUUUUGAAUUUAAACCAGGGAUUAAUUUAAUCAUGUGAAUGUUUUUUCUAGAGGAAAGUGGAUAGUCUCCCAAUUGCUUGCUGCUAAGGUAGGUGUUGAAUAUUUCAGGUGAGUGCUGCUUUCACGAUAAUGUGCCUAAUACUUGCUUGGAAAUGAAACCAUGUGUCAUUAUGUGGAUAAAUGCUUGCAUUCCUAGCUCAUCCCAUGUGGCAUCUGGUACAAGCAGAUGAUGGCAUUAAUUAAUAGAAUGCUUUAUGUCAGUCAUGGUUCCAUAGAUCAAUAAAUCUUAGUUACAAUGUUUUAAGGGAAAUCUGUUUUUGUCAGGAAAGUAGUAAUGCUGGCUGCUCUUUGCUUUAAAUUAAAGCCUUUACAAUCAAUCAAUUAUGAGUGAUACUAUCGUUGUCUGUUUGAAAGUGAGGCUCCAUGAUGUCUUGUAUUUUUCUUCAUUUACUUGAUAGUUUGGGAAGUUUUAAUUUAACUGCUUGAAAUUGUUAUCUAAGCAGCUCAAGGUAGAGCCAAGCUUGUGAGCUAAUUUUACACUGAAAAGAAUGCAAUUUACUUUAUCAUUGAAGUUUUGAAAACCACUUCAUUUUGAGUCAGAACCUAGGAUUAUAGCAUAUAGCAACAAGAUUGCUAUAAUGUUAGCUUCGUAAUUGAAGUUUCAUACUUUGAUGGGAUUUUUUUGUUUCAUGACUGAGUAGCAAAGCUAAUGCUUUUUUAGGGACAGAGCUGAACAAAAUAUUCUACUAUUUUGGAGAUUAAUCAGAUAAAGUAGUUCCAAAUAUUAUUGUAGUUCAAGUUGUACAUAAUGUCCACCAAGCUUCAAUCAAGUUUCAUUUAAAGUAGAUGAAAACUUAUAUCAACAAGCUUCUAGAUGUGAAAAGUACUGUUGCAUAUCUGAUGCAAUGUAAUGCAGAAGCAAUUCUUGUAUAGUCUUAACACUGUUUUUAGCUUUCCUAUUGGUUUGUUUUCUUAUUUUACAUCAGCUAAUAGGGAUGUCAAGUAACUUUUUAACUGUGUUAUACACAUGUUUUUAGCAAGCUAGCUAUUGGAGUUCGCACUUCACAGUAGCAUUCCUGUGCUUAUUGUCUGCAAUGCUAGUUUGUUUACAUGAUAAAAUGAGAAUAGUUGCAUUGCUAGUUUGUUUUAUGGUUCACACAUCCAGUCCCAUGUGGCUUUUGCAUAUUCAGUAUCACUUGCGAGCAGAACUUUCUUCCUUUGGCUAUUUAUGGUGUGAAAAAUAUGGUAGCUUCUUACCGGGCUUGUCCCCAAAUGGGUUUUGGAGGGCAUAUAAUUCAACAAAUGUACUUUGACACUUAGUGGUCUAAUUGUGUUAUAUAUAGCCUGUUAAUAAAGGAUUUCCUUUUUUGUUAUCGUCCUUACAGGUUAGUGUCCGGUAUUUGUUGGUUGUGAAUGCCCUCUUGUCUAAUAUUGGACAAUCUUUGAGACGGUUUCAUAGAGGAUGAACUUAAACUUCCAUCAGUUAUUUAAAUCCCCUGAUGUCUUUCUGACCAUUUUUUCGUAAUUCUUGUUUUCUAUUUUGUUGAAACUUUCACCGGCGUUGUAAUAAUUUGAUUAUUUCAUCAACGUUGAUGUUUUGCAAAAUGUAUUGGGUCUUUGUCAAAUCCUGGGAUCAAAACGUAUUGAUCAAUAAUAUAGCAAAUUCAAC